ACUCCACCUAAAGUUGACUAGAAGUUCAUGAACUUCCCUGUUUCUAUCAAACGUCCACAGCUUUAAACACACAGAACGGCGGCCCCUGCUGACUGACACAGCCCUGGAUCACGACUUCAGGCAGAGUUGAGAGGUUAUACUAAUAGUAAAGAGUCACCAUGGCGUCCACCGCAAGCAUCCUCACAGCUGAGACGCCUGAAUGUACCGUAGAGUAGACGGAUCUCCGGAUCUCACCGAUUUGUGGACCACAAUCAGAAGCUGGAGAACAUGCUGUAACUCGGCUGCUGAGGACCUGAACUACUGGAUGUUAGCAGAGGGAGCUGGUUGGCUCCUUAGCUGGUCUUCCAGGCAUGGCGAUGGUAUCUGUCCGCGGCCUGUAUUUUCUGAUCACUCUGUUUCUGGGAAGCUUCUUCGGCAGCACCUUCAUGCUGGGUCCUGUGCUGCCCCUGAUGCUGCUGUCUCCAGCCUGGUACCGCUGGCUCACUGACCGCAUCGUGGCCACCUGGCUGACCCUGCCUGUGGCUUUGCUGGAGGUGGUGUUUGGGGUGAAGGUGGUAAUAACAGGAGAUGGCUUUGUGCCAGGCGAGCGCAGUGUGAUCAUAAUGAACCAUCGCACACGGCUCGACUGGAUGUUUCUGUGGUGCUGUCUGCUGCGUUACAGCUACCUCCGCCUGGAGAAGAUCUGCCUGAAAGCGGCUCUAAAAGCUGUGCCUGGUUUUGGCUGGGCGAUGCAGGUGGCCUCCUUCAUCUUUAUCCAGCGCAAAUGGGAGGAGGACCGGAGCCACAUGGCCAACAUGCUGGAGUAUUUCUGUGACAUCAGGGAACCUUUACAGCUGCUCCUCUUCCCCGAGGGCACUGACCUCACCGAUAACACUCGUGCCAGAAGUGAUGACUUUGCAGAAAAGAACGGUCUCCCCAAGUACGAGUAUGUGCUGCACCCACGGACGACUGGCUUCACCUUCAUCGUGGACACCCUUCGGAAAGGAAACAACCUGGACGCAGUCCACGACAUCACAGUGGCGUACCCGAAGAACAUCCCUCAGACGGAGCGCCACCUGGUGCUGGGCCUCUUCCCACGCGAGAUCCACUUCCACGUGCGGCGCUACCCACUGUCCGUCCUUCCCAAACAAUCCGACCUCCUGCAGGCCUGGUGCCAGGAGCGCUGGGCGGAGAAGGAGCAGCGUCUCCGAGAGUUUUACGCCGCAUCUCCGCGGCUGUUCGACAAUCCCGAGGCUCGGGUACCGCCCUGCAAGAGCGAGCUGAGGGUGACGCUGGUCAAAGCCAUCUCCCUCUUCUACUGGACCGCCUUCAUUACCCUGUCCUUCGUCGGCCUCUGGCUGUGGACGCCGCUCAGAAUAUACUUGUUGCUGGUGAUGACGUUCUUCUUCGUGCAGCAGAAGGUCAUGGGUGGGGUUGAGCUGAUGGAGCUGGCAUGCCAUCGCCAUUGGAACGAGAAGAACCAGAUAGAAGACAGGAAGAGAACGAAGGACGGACCUCAGGUGAAGAAAGAGUGAGACGUUGAACCAAAUCCAGUUGUUCCCGUUACAGAGCUGGAUCGCAGGCAGGUGGAGCCUUCAGCUGGGUGCACAAUGGAUGCAGAGUCUCUAGUACCUCUGCUUUUUCCACCCUGGAUCCUGGAUCCUUCGCUCUACCAUCGUCUGAGGAGGGAGGAGGAAAAAGAGCAAGGAGCGUUCUUGCUUCUUCAGCAUCGCCUCAGUACUGCAAUGACGGGUGAUGGCUUGAAGACAGAAAGGGAGGGGACGGGUUUGUUGUUCCAGCCUGGAAGUGGAGCAUCUAAAAUAUAUACUUUUACACUAGUCACUGUGCAUGUAUGCGAGGGACGAGGACGUGGAUGUGUUUUCUUUUUUAUCUGAGGAAUUCUGCGCCAUCAUUUUUCUGAAUAUUCUCCCUAUUAUUCUUCUUUUGCCUUUUUUCCUGUCAUUUUAGUCUUAUUUUCAUGUUUUAUAUUUGUAUGUCUGGUUUAUCACCAUUAUGUUCUUCUUAUCUUCUUAUUUAGUAUCACUCAGUCCUUGUGUUACUUGCCAUAUUGCAACGAGCCACUCGUAAAACAAUUCUAGCCAUGUUUUAAAAUCAUUUUACUUUUGUAAGUCAACAUUUUUAUGAUUUUCUCAAUGGCCCGAUUUUUUGUCUUUUGUUUUUAUAGACUUUUAUUUCUUUGUUUUACAGUUAAGGAAAUCAGCCAUACCUCCUCGUAGCUGUGUGAUAAGGCACUGUUGUUUACCCUCGUUCUUUAGAGUCCCAAUGUAGCUAAGCCAAUUACUGUAAUAAUGUAAUACAUCACUUAGAACUGUAAUAGGUAGAAGUCAUGCGUCUUUCUGUAGUCAAAUAAGGAACUCCGGGUGUAAGCUCAAUUUUUCUCUGCAGGGAUUAUUUCACUUUGCAUAAUCUCACUCAUGGAUGUUUCUGGAGGUCAUUAAACGCAAUGCAAAAAUACAAUUAAAUGAUGCCACAUCCAUGCUAAAAGCUAGCUAGCUAGCUCUUGUACAUUGCAAUCACAUUGCAUGGAAAAAAGAAAAAAAUACCUUUAAGUGUCAAUCAACACUUUGUAUAAGUCAAACGAACUUGAAACAGUAUGGAAAAUGAUUUACUUUGAUUCUAAUUUAAUUGCGGACUGUAUUAACCCACAGUUAAUGUAUUAAUACACAUCUAUUCUUGCAUUUAGGUCUUCAAAACAUUGCAAAAAAAGUUGGGAAUGUUGCCAUUUCAUCUCAUAACAUUUUAAACAAUGUUUUAGGGCAGAGGAUACCAUGCGAUAAAUGAAGUGUUCCAAGGUGUGUAACAGUACAUGGUUGCCAGGGGUAUGCCAUAUCGUAUCGUAUUCAAUAAUAUCGCCAACAUUUUUUUAUUACCCAUAUCACACGCCCAUAUCUUUCACAUCAGGGUACGACAAACAGGGUACAACGCAGUUUUUAGCAAAAGAAAAAAAAUGACACUGUUUGCAUUUUUGAUUAUGUAUCUAUUAGAGACUGACUAUAUCUGUCCAGUAUCAUUUAUUUGAUUUUAAUCCUGGAUAUAUGAAGAUAUUUGGAGUGCACUAUUAGUAUCAUCGCCAAGAGUAUCGUUAUCGCAAAAAUACCAUUAAAUAGCAUGAUAUUAUUUUAGGGCCAUAUCGCCCACCCCUAAUACCACAGACAUGACUUUGGAAUAUGUGCAGCAUGUAGUUUGGCACUGUCUUGUUGAAAACCGUCCCUGAAAAAUAUGUGAUCUUAAAGGCAGCAUAUUUUGCUCUAAGAUUAAUUCUGCAUUAAUGCUGCAUCUCAGACACAACGCCUUAUCAUAACAGACCCUGUCACCUUUUGGACCUGCUACUGAUAACAGUCUGGAUGGUCCUUUUCAUCUUUGGUCUGGAGCACAUGGCAUCUGUUUAUCCAAAUUUAUCCAAAAAGAUCUGAAAUAUACAUUUUUCUCAACAAAAUAUAUUUGAGUUUGUUUUUUUUUUUGUUUUUUUUUUAUUAUUUUUAUUAUUACUACUAACCUUAAAUUUCCUCCGUCCCAACUUUUUUUUAUAUAAUUGUGUUGCAGACCUUCAAUGCAGGAGUAGAUGUUUAUUAAAUAGACACAUUAAACAAAGUUGACCAUAUAAAAUGCAAAAUAUCUAAGAUUAAUACUGUCUGCAAUUAAAGAAAGAUCAAAGUAAAUGCAAGAAACGCUGUACUUAUUUACUUUUUGUCCCAUACUGUUUUUUUUUUUUUUUUUUUUCCUGAUUUGGUGUGGUAAAACAGAGGCGUCCUCUACUCAAACUGUACUCUGCUAAUGCCAAAGCUACUGAAGUUAUAUUUUGCUACAGUUUACACCAUAUUAAUACCGAUUUUUAGAUUACUAAUCAUUUUUAUCUUUUGUUUUCUCUCGUCAGAUCUUGCUGUUAGUUAACUGAUUGCGCUCUCUAGUGGCGAGGAAAACAUGCGAACAGUAAACUGAUUUACUAAUUACGGUUUCAAAAAAUUACAUUUUUUAUGUCACAAAAAACACAGGGUUUUCCUUUGUUGAUUGCAGAGGAACUUUAGAACUUGGCUACCUGUAAAUACCAACUGAUAUCUGAAGCAUGGUUACUGUGUUAACUGGUCAAUCAUUGCCAAUAUCCAGUUACAUCAGCUUAUAUCCUAUAGUUGCGAUUUGCCAGUCUUAUGAUAAGGUACUUAAUUACUUAGUUAGUAGUUAGUAAAAGUCACAUUUUCACUCUAUUUAAGACAAGAGUUUGGAACAGCAAAGAUUGUCCAAAGAUAUGUUCUAUUUUCUUGCUGUAGCCAACACUAGCUCAGACCCGGAGUGCCUUAUUUGGAUUUGAAAUGAUGACGUUUUUUUUUUUCUUUUUUU